UAUUUAUCUUAUAUAUAUAUAUUGCAAGAGUUCAAUCAAGGGGUGUGAUCACAUUUUUACAAUAACAUAGGAUCAAGAUGGAGAAACAAACUGCAAAGGAAACAAAACCAACAAAUGAUGAAUCAAGCAAAGGAAACACUGAAGGGCUUCCAUUAGAGGACAGUCCUUACGUGCAAUACAAGGAUUUAGAAGAUUAUAAGAGACAGGGUUAUGGUACACAAGGUCACCAACAACCUAAGGAAGGUCGUGGAGCUGGUUCUACAGAGGCACCAACUCUUUCUGGUGCUAAUGUUGCCUCUCAGGCUGAAUUCAAUGCUACUAAUGUUAUUAAUAGCAAAGGAGUUCCUUAAUUAAUUUAUGCACUAUCUAGUGUUUCUUAAUUUGCGUUAUUAUAAAAAUAAGGGAAAUUGUAUUUUUGUUUUGUUUUGUUUUUUAAUGCAAGAGUUUUUAGAUUAUUGUACUUUUAAAUUUUCAUUUAGCUUCUUGUUGGAUUUGGGCUUUCUAAAAUGAAGAAUUUAUUGAAAGUGCGUAUUAUUAAUAAUUGAUGAAUAAAUCGAAUUUGU